CUCUUGGCUCCACCAAAGCCAUCUACUCAUUGCGUCUCAGUAGAACUGGCUUAACAGAAGUCCCGGUUUAAGCCAUGGAGAUAUUAUAUGUUUUUAUCCAGCACGUUCAUUCUGUUGUUUUGUUCAUAGCUCUGACCAUCCUUCUACUGAUCUGUUUCACCUCCACUAACAGUUUUGGUGCCCAAAAGCCUGUGAAGGAGCCCCCUGGACCCCCACCACUGCCUGUGAUUGGGAACCUGCUGCAGCUGGACCUGAGGAGAAUACAUGCCGUAUUACUGGAGUUAUCCAAGAAAUAUGGAUCAAUUUUCACCAUCUAUCUGGGACCCAAAAAAGUGGUGGUCCUGGCAGGAUACAAGACAGUGAAGGAGGCACUGGUGAACUGUGCUGAAGUGUUUGGACAAAGAGAUCUGGUACGAAUUAUGGAUGAACUUAUUCAUGGACAUGGUAUUAUAUGGGCUAACGAUGAGUCAUGGAAAGACAUGAGGCGGUUCGCGAUGAUGAGCCUGAGGGACUUUGGGAUGGGAAAGAAAGAAUCUGAGGACAAAAUCAUUGAGGAGUGUCACCACCUCAUGGAAGCUUUUGAACAGUUCAAAGGAGAAGCAUUUGAUGCUAACCAAUCAAUAAGCAACGCAACUGCUAAUAUUAUCUGCUCCAUGAUCUAUGGCAGCAGAUUUGAUUACAGCGAUCCAGAUUUUACAUCUUUGGUGUAUCGUGUGUGCAGAAACAACAAACUUCUGAAUACCCCAUCAGUUCAGCUUUAUAACCUGUUCCCCUGGAUUGGCAAAUGGUUUACUUACCCAAAACUAUUCAAAAAAUCAUUUGCUGCUAAUAGGAAGCACCAGUUGAAAUUGUUGAGUCAUUUAAAAGAAACUCUCAAUCCAAAGAUGUGCAGAGGCUUCGUGGAUGCUUUUCUGGUCCGUCAAGAAAAUCUGGAGAAAUCUGGGAUUACCACCAGUCAUUUCCACGAUGAAAACCUCUUGAUGACGGUAAUUAAUUUGUUUGUUGGUGGCACUGAAACAUCAUCACGUACUCUCAAAUGGGGACUUUUUCUUAUGGCCAAGUAUCCAAAGAUACAGGACAAGGUCCAGGAGGAGCUGAGGAGGGUAAUAGGAGACCGUCAGGCGCGGUUUAGAGACAGGAUUGACCUGCCUUUCACCAAUGCCGUCAUCCACGAGACACAGAGGCUAACUGCCAUUGCUGCCCUGGGGCUUCCUCACAGAACUGCCCGAGACAUCAUCUUCAGGGGUCACUUCAUUAAGAAGGGGACAGCGGUGUAUCCUUUCCUGAUGUCCGUUCUGUCUGAUGAGCGUGAAUGGGAGAAGCCAAACACUUUUUAUCCGGAACACUUCCUGGACAAAGAUGGAAAGUUUUUCAAGCGUGAUGCCUUCAUGGCCUUUUCUGCAGGUAGCAGGAUUUGUCCCGGAGAGAGUCUGGCCCGGAUGGAGCUCCUGAUCUUCUUCGCCACCCUUCUGCAGCACUUCCGAUUCACUCUUCCACCCGGAGUUUCACAGGAUGAUCUGUCACCAUGUGACAGCCUCAUCCUCAACCCUUCAGAUGUUAAACUGUGUGCUGUUCCCGUCAUGUGAGCAACAAGGGCACCAAUUGUUGUCUCAUUUAGAUGGAAGAAAAACAUACAUAUAAGAAAAUGAAUUUAGUGACUGGAAGAACAAAAUGAUCUAUGAACUCAUGAUAAUCAGUUAUGAUUGUCCCUUGAAGGAGCUUCUCAAAUGUAGAAUGGAGCUGAAAUAAAGCAAAUUGUAACUUCUAAA